AUGAAAAGUGUAAUGAAAACAGCAAAACAAAAAAUACUGUCUCUGAUAUCCAGUAGCUUUCUCCUAUUCACAAUGACUUCAUUAGACCUACUUUCCUUUGGAACAAAGCUUCUAAGCACAGAGAACAGCCACAACAAGAAUAUUGGAAAUGUAAGUGCCAUGAUGUUCCUCUACUCAACAAUAGCUUCGCAGUUUGUGUUCGGUCUGUUUAGUAAACUGGGUGGAAUCGCAGCAGGAGCCAUAUUUGAGGCACAAAAGGACACUCGAAGAAUUCACAAGGUAUGUUUCAAGAUGUCAUCCACCUUUGGAGAAGAAAUUUCCACCACCUAUGCAUGCAUCUUUCUUAGCACCAUUCUGUUUGCUUUCUUCUCCUAUGUUCUCAAGACACUCAAGAUUGGAAGCAAUCUUAAAUACAUCCCUAUACCGGCUCUGUACGGGGUUAUGGUAUCCAUAGGGGCAAUGUCCAUCGAAUGUGGAUUUGAGGAAGUGUAUUCGAUUACAUGGAAGUAUGUUCAUGUCUGCCUCGCCGUGACCAUUGUCCUUGCACUUCUUGCAGUGGUCUUGGAUAUUUUGUUCCCUGAAUAUUUCCUGAUGAUUCCCAUGUUCUCCUUUAGCAUCUUUGCAGUGUUUUAUCUAGUCUUUUUAGCUGCAGGAAAGGAUAUCGAAUGGAUGAAAUCUGUGGGUCUUAUUCCAAAAGCCGGAGGAAUUGAUCUCAACCCCCUUGAAACUCUGAAGCAUCUCAAGAUAGAAAAUAUAAAAAUAGAGGCAGUUAAGGCCAACUUGAUGAACAUCCUUGGAUUAUCUUUAUUCAAUUUAGUUCACAUAGCUGUGAAUGUACCGAGUUUUGCAGAGACUUUUGGUAUAAAUGCAGACUUGAAUAAGGAGCUAGGAGUCCAGUCGAUCGGGAACAUUGUAUCUGCAUUCUUUGGAUAUCCAACCUAUUUUAUAUGCUCUACAUCCAUCUACUUCAACAAAUCAGGAGGAAGAUCCAGAAUCCACUCUUUUGUGGGCGCAAUUGCCAUGUCCUCCCUUCUGGUUAUCGGAGGACCCAUAAGAGAAAGAAUUCCUACUAUUCUCUCAGGAACGAUCCCUAUGUUCAUAGGAUUUGGCUUCCUGUAUUCAUAUCUAUGGACUCCUAUACUCAAACUGUCCUGGGUGGAUCUACUGACGCUAGUAAUGUCCAGCGUUGUGUCAUGGUUCUUAACACCAAUAUUCGGACUCGUGUUUGGAAUGCUUUUUAACUCCUUCUUUGUCCUGUGGUCUCAUCUAUUCACAACAAAGGUCUUCCAUUCGAAGCUGGGAGAGACCAUAAGGAUAUCAAGAGAAACAACAGAAGAAAUGUACAGAGUAGUGGACCUUGGCCCUCUAACUUCUUUUGGAAAUCUAAGUGAAUCUGUCAAGGCAAUGAAAGUCCUUUGCAAGGAAAAUGUCCUUUUCGACCUCAGGUCUUGUAUGUAUUUCGGAGCCAAUGCAAAUAUGGCUCUUGAAGAGGUUGCUGGAGCAAUAGAAGAAAAUGGAAACCAAGUAUUGAUGAUCGGUAGUCCACAGAAUCUUUAUACCCAUCUGUUCUCUAAAUACAUGGCCGAUUUGCCUGAAUCGGAACUUAGCAGGUAA